AUGACUAUUAAAAAUAAAAUUAAAGAAUUAAAUAAAAAUAAAUUAAAUAAAUUAGAUAUUAGUGGAUUAAAGAUUAAAGAUGGUGUACCAAAAGAAUUAACAAAACCUUUAUCAGAUAAUAAAAAUGUUGUUUUAAAAAUUAUUGAAUUGGAUUUAAGUUUUAAUCAAAUUAAAUUCAAUCAAUUUAUGGAAGAAUAUGGAAAUAUGUCAAAUGAAUUUUCAACAUUAGAAAUAUUGAAUUUAUCUGGUAAUCCCGAGAAUGGCGGUAACGGUUGGAAUAUGUCAAUUAUUAAAUCACCACAAUCAAUCCAACGUUGGAAUCAAUUGUUAGAGUUGAAUUUAAGUGGUUGUAAAUUGGGUAAACUUUUAACAAGUACAAGUUUUCAACAUUUAGGAAAAUUAAAGAAACUUGUAAUUUCAAAUACAAAUUUAGAAAUGAUUGAUGAUCAAGCUUUCUCACCAUUGAAAUCAACAUUGGAGGAAUUGAUUCUCGCUGGUAACUCAUUACUUAAGAGCAUACCAAGUUCGUUGUUAGAUUGUAAACAAUUGGAGGUAUUGGAUCUAAGUAGUUGUGGUUUAAAUCAGUUACCAGAUUUAUUUGGUGCUUGUUUAACUUCAAUUUUGGAAUUAAAUUUGGGUAAUAAUAAAUUACAAGAAUUACCAAAUUCAAUUGGUAGAAUGAAAAGAUUAUGCUUUUUAAAUCUACAAGAUAAUCUAAUACAAGACCUACCAUUAUCAAUUGGUUAUUGUGUUGGUUUAGGUCAAUCCUCACCUGGUAUCAAUAUCUAUGGUAAUCCAUUAACUAAAAAUCAAGAAUUAAAUUUCCGUAAAUCAAGAGGUGCCUCUGAAAUUAUGGAUUAUCUUGAAAAAAGAGUAACAUUACAUAUUGGUCCUGUACCAUUAGGUGGUUCAAUAGCAACUCCACCUUCACCAAUUACAAAUAGUCGUCCACCAACUUUUGAAAAAAUUAAUGAUAUUCGUCCACCAAGAUAUAGUAAUAUUGGUUUAUCUUCUUCACCAAUUUUACCUUCGUCAUCAUCUUCUUCAUCUUCUUCACCAUUAUCACCAUCAUCAUCAUCAACUCCACCAUCACCACAAUAUAAUUUAAAUUCAAAUGUAAAUACAAAUGUAAAUAAUAAUAAUAAUAAUAAUAAUAAUAUUUUAAAUACAACAUUAUUUGAAAUACCUGGACCAAAACCAAUUAAAGAUCAAAUUCAAAUAAUUUUACGUGUAGAUAUUAAAACAAUAAUGAAAAGAAUAUUUGAUGCAGUUGGUUUAACAAAUAAUGUUUCACCAUUAAUUCAACAACAACAAUUGGUUACAAUUGGUAAUACAAUUACACCCGCUCAACAAGAACUUGAUAAGUUAUUUGCUUGUUUAGGUAUUAAAACUGAUCAUUUCAAUUUUAAUUCACCAAUACCUUCAAAUUCUGAUGAGAAAAUUGUACAAAUUAAAAAAAUUAUAAAUUUGAAAUUGGAAAAAAUUGCACUCUUUUCAAGAUCACUUUUGGAAUAUAUUGAUCAUCAAAAUCAAUAUCAAUCAAAUUCUCCAGAUUAUGAUAAAAGAAUUUCAUUAAUUUUUAAUUCUUUAAAUCAAUUCACUUCAAAAUUAAAUAAAAUUUAA